AUGACUAAUGAGGAAUGGGAAGCGGAAGUGAAGCUGAACAAGUAUGUAGAUAAGCUGAGAAAUGCACCCCUCCCUUGCCCUAAUAUUUGUACCCAACUAUUUGAUGGGGCGACCUCGACCGGUGUUCACAGUUGGGGGCCAUCUUCGGCACUACCUCAUCCCAAUAAAACCUUCAGUACACAUGCUUUUGAGGAUACAGAGAUGGAAGAACCAUCACCUCAUCCAGAUACCCCAAGCUCAACAGUGCCUCAACCUACUAGUGAGGAAUCAUCUGGGCAGACAAAAAACAAGGGGGGCAAACGAAAUGGUCCUAAAGAAACCACACUUGAUGAUGAGUUGAAAGAAGUUGGAAAAGAAAUUAUCAAGGCUGCACAAGCAUUCACAGAAGCAAAUAAUCUUGACAAGGAGAUGGAUGCUUGUAUGGCGAAGUUGACAAGGUUGGAGUGGGGAGAAUAUGAUCUGAAAUACACCACUGCUCUUAUGUUAUUUUCUGAAAGUGAUGGCAAUAGGAAAAUUUGGUUGUGCCUUAACUUUUCAACUUGUGAGUCGUGGGUAACAAAUGCGGGAAGAAAGUUUGGAUUAGUUGGUUGA